CGGCGCUCGGGAUCGACUUCAGGGGGCGCCCGUAUGGGAGGGGCGGAGCGUCCACGGUUCAAACUGGUUGGCCGGGUGUACGCCGUGGCGCAGCUUUCUACCCGUUACACUUCGGCACUCUCACAGCUCCGGUAGUUAUCGGUCCCGGGCCGCCGCUUGAGGCGGGAGCUUCUCAACCGGCUGACGCCACCGUUGGCGCCUCCGAGUCUAGGCGCUUUGCGGUUCCCGCUGCCGCCAUGAAGUUGCGGGUCCGGCUUCAGAAGCGGACCUGGCCGCUGGAGAUCCCGGAAGCAGAGCUGACGCUAGGGCAGCUGCGCGCGCACCUGGGCCAGGCCCUGCUGCCCACUUUGGGGUACAGUUCUGAUACCCGGUUUGCAAUUACAUUGAACAGCAAGGAUGCCCUCACUGGAGAUGAAGAGACUUUGGCUUCAUAUGGGAUUGUUUCUGGGGACUUGAUAAGUUUGAUUCUUGAAGAUGCCAUUCCAGCACCUAACUUGCCUUCAUCCACAGAUUCAGAGCAUUCCUCACUUCAGAGUAAUGACCCGCCUUCUUUGGCUGCCAGCUCCAACCAGUCCAGCACACAAGAUGAACAAUUGAAUGAUCCAUUCCAAGGACAGGCAGCCCGAUCCGAUGUCCGGAAUGAUGAUAGUAUGUCAGGGCCUAUUCAAGAUUUUGAAGCUGAGUCAACUCAAGAUGUGGUGGAUUUGGAAGAGGGCACAGGUUUCUGUCCCUCGGAACCCAUGCUCUGCAGUGAGGCGGUGGAAGGGCAGGUGCCCCAUUCGUUAGAGACCCUGUAUCAUUCAGCUGCCUGUUCUAAUGCCAACGAUGCCUUGAUAGUGCUGGUCCAUCUUCUCAUGUUGGAGUCAGGCUACAUACCUCAGGGGACUGAAGCCAAAGCAGUGUCCAUGCCAGAGAAGUGGAAGUGGGGCGGUGUGUAUAAGCUGCAGUACUUGCAUCCUCUCUGUGACGGUGGCUCUGCUGCUCUCACCUGUGUGCCUUUGGGAACCCUGAUGGUCAUAAAUGCUACAUUAAAAAUCAACAAUGAGAUCAGAAGUGUAAGAAGAUUGCAGCUGCUGCCAGAAUCUUUUAUUUGCAAAGACGAACCAGUGGAAAAUGUAGCCGAGAUGUACAAGGAUCUUCAGAAGCUCUCCCGCCUCUUCAAAGACCAGCUGGUUUAUCCUCUUUUGGCUUUUACCCGACAAGCACUGAAUCUGCCAGAUGUGUUUGGGUUGGUAGUCCUCCCACUGGAGCUGAAACUACGGAUCUUUCGGCUUUUGGAUAUUCGUUCUGUCCUGUCUUUGUCUGCAGUUUGUCGUGACCUCUUGAUUGCUUCAAAUGACCAACUCCUGUGGAGGUGUUUGUAUCUGCGGGAUUUUCGAGACAGUACUGUCAGAGCUCGGGAUACAGAUUGGAAAGAACUGUACAAGAGGAGGCACAAGCAGAGAAAAGAUGCUCAGAGAGGGCGGCAUGUGAUGUUUCUGCCGUCCUUGCCCCACCCCGUUCCAUACUAUCCCAACCCCUCUUGCCCCAGACCUUUUCCUUCCAGCCCCCUCUACCCUCCAGGAAUUAUUGGUGGUGAAUAUGAUGUAAGACCAAUACUUCCUUAUGUUAGGGACCCAAUCAGUUCACUCAUCCCUGGGCCUGGGGAGACACCCCCCCAGUUCCCUCCACUCAGACCACGUUUUGAUCCCAUUGGCCCACUUCCGGGACCUAACCCCAUCUUGCCAGGGCAAGGUGGCCCCAAUGACAGAUUUCCCUUCAGACCCAGCAGGGGUCGACCAACGGACAACCAGUUACCAUUCGUGUGAUUGAUUUGUAAUCGCACUUCUUGAGCUUGUUUUGUUUUUGUUUUCUAAAACUGCAGCUGUCGUCUUCUUGGGGUGCUGAUCCUUAGUGUUAUUUUCUGAUUGUGAUGGUGAGAAAUCCACUCACAGAACCUUUCAGUAGAUGGAUUUAAAGCUCCAAGGAUGGUGUCCCCAGGCCCACGGGUUUUUACUGCAUGGUGAGCUUGGCCUUGGAAAUCGUUGGCUCCUGAUUUCCCCUUUGCAUCGCCCCCCUCUGAACGAAGGUUGUUUACUAAUAAUGUUCUGCAUCAGAUUAAAAAAAAAAAGUAAAUAA